AUGGCACAAUCAGGUGCAGGCGGUGUGCCUGGCCCUUCAGGGCGCAGACUACAUAUUGCCCAUCGCCGCAGUCCAUCUGAACUGACGCCACUCAUGAUGGAACAACUUGCUCUUCAGCAACAGAUUGAAUUGCUCCAACAACAGCAGCAACAGAUUGCUGCCACACAUCAGCAAUACGUGAAUAUGGGCAUGAUACAGCAGCCUCUGCAAGGCAUGCCUGGCUACUCGCCAAUCCAAGGCCAACCUGCUCUGGCAAGCAUGUCUCCGAACAAUACCAGUUUCCAAUUCCCUCAACUCCAACAGCAGAUGGGAAUGGCGGGCCAGCCCCCUACUCAGCCUGCAGCUCAUCGAAGAAAUCAAUCCGCCCUUCCAGGCAUGGCGAUGGGUCCCCCACCAGCGCCGUCUGCUGGCCAAGCUUAUGGCGAAUUCAAUCAGCAAGCCAUGGGCCAAAACCGCGAGAACAGUGGUGGGCGCGGAAGAGGAGGGUCUUCACAAGGCGGACACGCUCGACGUCAUUCACUUGCACUUCCCGAAGCGAAGAAAGCCGCAGAACUUGCAGAAAAGAAGAGAACAGCCGCAGGCUUUCAAUUCCCAAUUCCUGGAGCUGGUGGCACGGUGGAAAGUCCUGUCGCGGCCACUCCAUCGGACGACAAGUCGGCAACCACCACCGGUCCGCAGGGACUGGGUUUGCAGCGUGCUGGCAAUGCCAGAGUUAUGGGUCAUAGUCGUAGUCAAAGUAUGGCUACUGCGGGCGCUCGAGGAAGUGGUGCGGCUGGCCGCGGUGGUGCUGGUGCUGGUGCCGGUUUCCAAUUUCCAGGUCCGAUGGGAAGUGCCGACGCCCAAGGUCAAGGCAAUCAGUCGGACCUGCAGCGUCGUGGAAGCCAAAGUAGCCAUACCAGACAGGGAUCACGAAAUUUUGACGGCAACUGGCGCCAGCACAACAAUCAGCAGAACAAUGACCAACAGCAGCAGCAAAUGGGUCAGUUCGGCCAACCACAGGGUAUGGGCGGGGGCUUUCAACCAGGCCACCGAGUCCGCGGAUCGAUGAAUCAGUCCAUCGGUUCAAUGAGUGGGUUCCAAUACCCCGGGCAGCCACAGUUGGUUCAGCUGCCUCAAGGACAAAUGAUGUUACCGCCGCAGAUUUUUGCUGGUCAACAGCUGAACGCCUUGCAGAUGGCACAACUCCAGGCCAUGCAAGGUGCACAGCUUGGCGGAUUGCAGGCAAGCCAACAUGCUCCACCUAUGGGUCUGCAACAGCAACAACAGCAGAGAAAGACGCUGUUCACCCCCUACCUUCCCCAAGCCACUUUACCUGCUCUACUGAAUGAUGGUCAGCUCGUUGCAGGUAUUCUGAGAGUCAACAAGAAGAACCGUUCCGACGCAUAUGUCACAACCAGCGAUCUGGAUGCGGAUAUUUUCAUUUGCGGUAGUAAGGAUCGCAAUCGAGCGCUAGAGGGAGACUUGGUUGCUGUUGAGCUGCUCGAUGUCGAUGAGGUCUGGAGUCAGAAGCGUGAGAAGGAAGAGAAAAAGAAGCGCAAGGACAUCACGGAUACACGGUCAUCGGGCAACGCUCAGAACGGCAAAAGUGACACCGCCUCGUCUGGCGACACACAGUCCAUUGCACCCGAUGGUAGUAUUCGACGACGAGGCAGUCUACGUCAACGACCAACGCAAAAGAAGAAUGACGAUGUGGAGGUUGAAGGGCAGAGCUUACUUCUCAUGGAAGAAGAAGAGAUCAGUGACGAGCAGAAACCACUUUAUGCUGGCCAUGUCGUGGCGGUCAUCGAGCGUGUCGCGGGGCAGAUGUUCUCAGGUACCCUCGGUCUCUUACGUCCGAGCAGUCAAGCUACCAAAGAAAAGCAGGAGGCAGAAAGACAUGCUCGUGACGGCCACAACCGAUCUGAGUCUCGUCAACAAGACAAGCCAAAGAUUGUGUGGUUCAAGCCGACCGACAAGCGGGUGCCCCUGAUUGCGAUUCCUACCGAACAAGCUCCACGAGACUUUGUCGAUAAACACAUGGACUAUGCCAACAGAAUCUUCGUGGCAUGUAUCAAGCGUUGGCCCAUCACCUCUUUGCAUCCUUUCGGUACACUCGUGGAGCAACUGGGUGAAAUGGGAGACCUUCGCGUCGAGACCGAUGCUCUCCUUCGCGACAACAACUUUGGCUCUGAUGAGUUUUCGGAUGCGGUUUUGAAAAGUGUGGGAUGGGACGACUGGUCUCUCAACUCUGAGGGUGAGGAGGCUUUGGCUGGUCGCCGGGACCUCCGCGCCGAGCGCACUUUCACUAUCGAUCCCAAUGGUACCAGUGAGCUCGAUGAUGCCCUCCAUGUCAAGCCUCUUGGUGAUGACCUGGUUGAACUCGGUAUUCACGUCACGGAUAUUGCUCACUUUGUGAAAGCGAACUCUUUGGUCGAUCGAGAGGCCAAGAAGCGAGGGACUGGGGUUUAUCUUGUGAAUCGUGCAGUUAAGAUGCUGCCGCCGAAACUGUCCUCCGGUGUCUGCUCACUUCUACCUGCAGAAGGUCGUCUCACCGUCAGUGUGAUAUUCAAUGUCCACACCGAAACAGGCAAGAUCGAAGGAGAACCGUGGGUUGGCAAAACCAUUGUUCAAAGUGCCGGCAAGCUGGCAUACCGUGAAGUUGAUUCCGUCAUUAAGGGAGAUGGCAACGUCCAGCUGGAAGGUGCCACGAUCGAGGAUAUCAAAACUUUGCAUACCAUCGCCAACAAAUUCCGCGAAGCCCGGUUCGGUCAUCGAUCAGCCAACAUCUCACCGCUACGCUUGCUCUAUCAACUCGAUGACGAGAAUGUGCCCGUUGAGCAGAACAUUUUCAACAGCUCUGCGGCACAUGAAAUUGUGGAAGAAAUCUGCUGCAAGGCCAAUUUCUUCGUGGCACAAAAGAUUCUCGCCGCAAUUCCUGACAAGGCUCUCCUUAGACGACAGGCACCUCCUAAUCCGAGACGCCUUCUCACGUUUGCUGACCGAAUGACCCGUGCCGGAUACGAGGUUGACACCAGCAGCAGUGGCACUCUGCAGAACAGCCUCUUCCAAGUGGAGGAUCCUGAUGUACGCAAGGGUAUGGAAACUCUCUUGGUCAAGACUUUGCAACGAGCGAAAUACUACGUUGGCAACCAGGUCGCAGAGGAUCAGCGUCAGCAUUAUGCUUUGAAUCUACCCAUCUACACCCACUUCACCAACCCUAGUCGUCGUUAUGCCGACAUUGUGGUCCACCGUCAGCUGGAAGCGGUCCUUACGAAUAGCGAGUUCACCGAAGACCUGGAGAGCCUGGCCAAAACUGCUGAGCAGUGCAACAACAAGAAAGACUCCGCCCACAGUGCACAGGAACAGAGUGUGCACAUCGAGUCGUGUCGACUCAUGGACAAGAAGAGCAAGGACCUUGGAGGUGAUCUGGUCAGUGAGGGCAUUAUCAUCUGUGUCUAUGAAUCGGCCUUUGAUGUCCUCAUUCCGGAGUAUGGGUUCGAGAAGCGCGUUCAUUGUGAUCAAUUGCCCUUGAAGAAGGCCGAAUAUCGCAAGGACGAGAGAGUUCUUGAACUCUAUUGGGAGAAGGGCGUGCCCUCAUCUGCCUACGUUCCUGAAGAUGAGCGACCUCGAGCCUCAGCUAGUACCAGAGGUCCGAACAAUGCACGAGACUCGGAAACGGCGAAGGAUCGUGCCAAAGAGCGCUUCGAAACACAGCGAAAGCAAACCGAGAGUAAUACGAUGUCGACCGACGACGUGGAGGCUCUAUUUGACGACGAGGAUAGUGCCUCUGAAAUCACCGAAAUGGCAGCAGGAGUCUCGCUGAAUCCUCCUGUUGACCGCUCCACUCAAAGCCUUCCACCGUCUCCAAACCGCAACGGAGGAUCUUCUCAAGGACCUACACGAACACAAUCCGACUCGAGAAUUGCCAGAUCCGGUGGUGACCUCCCAGAGGACCAUUUGUCAGACAAGGAGAAGUAUCUCAGCUACUUCAAACUUCGAGAAGAAGGGGGUGAAUACAUCCAGGAUGUCACUGAAAUGACCCGAGUGCCAGUCAUCUUGAAGACUGACCUUAGCAAGAGUCCUCCAUGCUUGACCAUCAGAUCCAUGAAUCCAUAUGCCUUGUGA